AAAAUACUAAUGACUCGACUGAUUCUUCGCAUCAAGGGACACCUGAUUUGCCUCAAGGACCCAAUUCUAUAAACGAUGAAAGUUUUAUGCUUGAUCAGAAUAGCAGAAUUGUUUUUAACCAUUCAACAUUUAAUAAAU